UUACAACAAAAACAACAAAAAAUCAUAAUUGUUUAAAUUUUUAAUAAGUAUUUUUUUCCAAGUGUAUUUCAAAAAAACCUCAAAUGCAACUUAACAACUAAAAGAAAUUUCUAAAAAUAAUAUUAUUUUCUUUAAUUAUUCAUAAUGAUAAAAUAAAUUAUUUAAAUGAAACAAUAAUUCUUUAAUCUGAGAACGAAAAAACAAAACAAUUUUGAUUAAAAAAACAUUUAAAUACAGUUUAAAAUAACAAAGAGCAAAAUAUUUGUUUAAACACUUCAAGUGUAAAAGUGCUAAAAAUUAAAUUAAAAAAAAGAAAAGUUUCCUCUCUACUGGUUCCCAGCCCUGUAUGCUAAAUAAAAGAAGUACUUAAUUUUCUGCAAUUAUAUUUACUUAAUAAUAUUUGUAAAAAAAAGAAAAAAAGAAAAUUUACUUAAUUUUUUUCUUCACCGAUCUUCUGAAAUAUUACUAUAUGCUUAACAAAUCUUAUUUUGUAAAUAUGUGUUCCCGCAACAUUAAGAUCUCGGUAGUGCUGUUUCUUGUCUUGAUUCCACUAUUCACAGCUUUGCCCCAUAAUCAUAAUUUAUCGAAAAGAAGUAAUUUCUUCGAUUUAGAGUGCAAGGGUAUCUUUAACAAAACCAUGUUCUUCCGCUUGGAUCGUAUAUGUGAAGACUGUUAUCAAUUGUUCCGCGAAACAAGUAUACAUCGAUUGUGCAAGAAAAACUGUUUUGAUUCUAAGUGGUUUGGUGAAUGUUUAAAAGUUUUAUUAAUACCCCCCGAGGAAGUUUCAAAAUUGCAACAUUUCAUUAAAGUUAUAAACGGUUCACCCAUCCCCUCAUUCAAUAUGACGCCGGUUACAACAUAAUAAAUAUUUUUAUUUUUUUUUUUUAAUUUAAAUUUUAAUUAUUAUUAUUAUUUUAUUUUUAUAUUUAUAUAUAAACAUUUUGUCUUAAAUUGAGCUUAAGUUUUUUUU